CUUCUUCAGUUCGACAGAUACUAGCUUGACCGUUAAUUAGCAGAUAGCUAACUUCUAGUCUUGCCAAUACUUACCAUGCCUGUCGAAUUGCGAGGCGGAGACGCUCUCGCCUUCGAGGAACAAGGCAGUCUGAUGAGCGCUCGUUCCAUCAUGCCUCAACCCAACACCGUCACCAAACUGGUCAAGCGUGUCCGUCUCAUGAUCCUCAAGCUGAUCCCCGUCGAAGUCAACCUGGAAGAUAUCACCGAUGCGACGAGCUCGAUCGUCUCGCCAGGGGUGGUCGCCGCUUUCGCCCAAGCCGGGGGUGAUUUUAGCGAAGCUGUGCCUUUUGCGCUGAUGCAAGCUAGAGCUCAGUUUUUGAAGGAAGCAAGGCAGUCCCCUGCGGAUUAUGAUGAGAACAUGUGCCGCUCGACUACCGCCGAGGUCAUUGCUAGACGGCUGGUCCACACCUUGUCCUUCGAGAAACAGACGAGCGUCAUGUCGACCCGUUACCGUUACGUAGAAUCCGACGGGGACAUCUCCGCUCCAGCCUCAGCUCUCGAAGUGGCCAUCGACCAGUUCGCCAUCCAAUUCCUGAGCUCGUCCGAGGCUGAGAACGUCGUCAACGCCCUCUGGAGGGGUCAAUUGGUAGCCGAGUACGGGGACAACGACAAUAUCGAAUACGUCCCGUUCGAUAAGGACGGUUCGGCUAGCUUCUGGGAUCAUCUGAAUGUUCAUCGUCUUCAGGUACCUCGGUACCAGAACAUGUUCUCCAUCGCCACCUGGCUGUUCUUCCUCUUCAUCUACUCUCAGGCCGUCCAAACUCCUCUAGACAGCCAGGACGAGAAACACUUGUCCGAGUGGGAGUGGAUCUUGUACAUCCUGACCGUCUCGUUCUUCCUCGAUGGUGCCAACAAACUGUAUAAGCGAAUCCGUCUGAGUUCCAAUCCGGGUGCCGCUUUCAGCUUCUGGGUGGUCGUCGACCUGAUCAUCCAGUCUACUCUCAUGGCCGCACUUGGCUUGCGCUUGGCUGCCAUCUUCACCAAGAAUCCUGAACAGACUACAUACCUCCACCUAAGAUCUUUCCAGGUCUUGAGUAUGUGCGCGCCUUUGAUCUGGAUCAAGUUGAUCACGGUCUUCGACUAUAUCAAGUUCAUCGGUACCAUGCAGAUCAUCGUCUUCCGAAUGCUGCGGGACUCGGCGAUCUUCGGAGUCCUAUUGGCCAUCUCCUCGAUCGGUUUCUUGCAGGCAUUAUACGCCUUGGACGCUGCAGAUGGAGAGACCGCCGAAGUGGGAGUGAUCUUCAAUUCGCUAGCUCAAGCUUUGCUAGGCUCGCCAGACUUUGACACGCCCUCUGAACGAUUUGGCUACCCUUUCGGUCUCAUCAUCUACUACGGCUGGAACGUCGUCGGAACUGUCAUCCUCCUCAACAUCUUGAUCGCCUUGUACAACGAUUCCUUCAGCAGGAUCGAGGAAGAGGCCACGGAUUACCACAUGGCAUUCUUUGCCGGGAAAUGCAUCAGUAUGAUUCGAGGACCGGAUCUUUUCUACUAUCCGCCGCCGCUGAACCUAGUCGAGUUCUUCAUCGCUCCGCUCGACUGGCUCCUCUCGAAACAAGCCUAUGCUAGCCUCAAUAGGGGUAUCAUGAGCAUCCUGUUCGCCUUGCCACUCGCAGGACUGGCGAUUUUCGAAUCUCAGAUGAAUGUCAAGCAUAGUCGUCGUAUGAGGAUCCUCUUGGGCAAGGAUCACACCGACAACGACGGCGAGGAGGACGAUGAGAGCGCUCAGAACCCCGAGUGCGAGGAUGAUGAUGAAGGCAAGAUUUGCAAGCGCGAGUUUGCCGACCUCGUCAAGGACUUUCCAGACACUGCGAUUUCAAGUUCCGGUGCAAUCCAAGCUCAACUAAGCGACAUGCAGAAACAAAUAGCGAAACUCGAAUCGCUACUCAAGGCUCAAUCCAACUCAAAGAGCGAGCAAUGAGCUUUACACGAGAGCGGCUCAUCUCCACGAACCGAUACAUCGCCCCAGGGAUCAGUUAUAGACUUUUCCAAUGUCAGAGACGUUUUGAGCUGAUACUGUCGAUCAUUCGAGAUUCAACUCUCGUUGUAGACGUUAUUGCUACUAUUUGCCAAAGAUCCAUUCGCAUACCCCUGCA